AUGGUCAGCGCGCGGGAGAAUGUCCGCGGGACGCGCGUGUUCCCCCGGGCGAGGGAUCCACGGGGGAAGGAAGCGAUUGUCUACAGACACAGGACACGGGAAGGGGAGAGCGCACCCGGGGAAUGGGAACGUGGAAUUAGUGAAAACACGCGGCCUGCACCAGCAAACGAGAAAUUACCAACACGCACCUCUCGCCCUAAUAUCUCACCGCCUGUUUCCCCUCGCCAACAGCGCGAGUGUCUUUCAAUCCACAUCGGUCAGGCUGGCGUCCAGGUUGGCAACGCUUGCUGGGAGUUGUAUUGCCUGGAGCACGGGAUCCAACCGGAUGGACAGAUCAUCGGAGGCGGCGACGAUUCGUUCAACACCGUUUUCAGCGAGACGGGUGCGGGCAAGCACGUACCAAGGGCCGUGUUCAUCGACCUGGAGCCCACGGUGAUCGAUGAGGUGCGGACCGGCACCUACCGGCAGCUCUUCCACCCCGAGAAGCUCCUCACCGGCAAGGAGGACGCGGCCAAUAACUACGCCCGGGGCCACUGCUCCAUCGACAAGGAAAUCGUGGACCUCGUCCUGGAUCGCAUCCGGAAACUGGUAGGUUGCUCAGGGACUGCAAAUUGCUCCGCGUGCUUACAGCGCCAAUGUAUCCGUUUGCACCGGACUAUUCGCGAGUGCUGCGGCCACGGUGUUCCCAAAUACUCAUUGUCACUGCUCUAUUUAUCACUGAGAUUCCCACCGAACCAUCUCGCUCGGCGCCGGCUACUGCAGGGGUUCCUCAUCUUCCAUAGUUUCGGCGGCUGCACCUGCUCGGGCUUCACUUCCCUCCUUAUGGAGGGACUCUCCGUCGACUACGGCAAGAAAUCCAAGCUGGAGUUUUCCAUCUACCCGGCGCCGCAGAUCUCCACCGCUGUGCUUAAUCGGAGCUUGCGCAUUUUUGUGCAAGUAGAAUUAAUUUUUAAAUGUUUUUUUAUCCGGCCGCAAGUGGGCAUCAACUACCAGCCCCCGACGGUUGUGCCGGGGGGCGACCUGGCCAAGGUGCAACGUGCCCUCUGCAUGCUGAGCAACACCACCGCCAUCUCCAUGGCCUGGACCCGCUUCAACAUCAAGUUCGACAAGAUGUACGCCAAGCGGGCCUUUGUCCACUGGUACGUGGGAGAGGGGCUGGAGGAAGGAGAGUUCCAGGACGCGCGGGAGGGCAUGGCGUCGCUGGAGAAGGACUACCAAGAGGUGGCCCUGGAUUCCGCCGACCUCGAGAGAAGGGGGGAAGAGGAAGAAUAAAAUGUAUUAAUUUAGUCGGGGUUUUUUUGUUUGUU